AUGACAUUAAAUUCAAAAACAACAUUUCUCUCUCAUGGCUGUUCGUCAGUCGGUAUUUUUCUUAUCUCACUUUUCAUUGCCUUUUCGCCCAUUUUUUUUUUCUUUCUUCAUCUUAUUCGCAUUUUUUUGCAAGUCAUCUUUCUCUCCUUCCUCCAUUCCCCUCCCCCUCUCUCCUUACUACUCUAUACUCUCCCCUCUCUCCCCAUCUGCCUCUCCUUCACUCUCUUUCCCUCUCUCUCAUUAUCUGUUCUUCUCUCUCUCCUUCUCACUCUUUCCUUCAAUCCCUGCGUCCCCCUCUCUCUCUUUCUCCUUCCAACUCUCUCUUUCCUUUUCAGCUUACCUGUCUAUCACGCCUUCUCUCUCAUUCCUUAUCUCUCCUUCUCCGUCUCUCUCCUUCUCAUGCUUUCAUUCUCUUUCUGUUUGUCUCUCUAUCACCCCUUCUCAAUCUCCUUCCCUGUUUCUUCUUCCCUUUUCUCUUUACCUCUUUCUCCUCAUAUCUCUCUAUUCCUUUCUUGCAUUCUCUGUCAUUCCAUUUCUGUCUUUCCCUCCCUUCUUCCCUCUUUCUCCUUCCCACUCUCUCAGCUUGUCUGUCUAUCUAUCCUUCUGUCUCUCCUUCCAUAUCUCUCUUCUUACUCUCUCCUUCCCUCUCUGCUUGACUCUCUAUCUUUCCUUCUCUCUCCUUCCCUAUCUUUCCUUACAUCUGCCCCCAUCCCACUCUCUCCUUCUCUCUCAUUCCCUAUCUCUUCUUCCCUCUAUCCUCCUCUCUCUGUUUGCUUCUGUAUCUCUCUCCUUUCUUCUUUUCUUGCCUCUGACCUCAAACGUCUCAAAUACUGA